AUGUCAGGUACUCGAAGCUCUGACCCUCACCCGAGUCAGCUUAAGAGCAAGGACAGCGUUCGAGAACGUAUCCGUCAACGGAGCUCGAGAAUACUGUCACUCCUGGGUCUACGAAACCCUGCGCAAGUGUUGAAAGCAGUGGCAGCCCACAACCCAGAUGACCCACGAAUAGUCGAGGAUGACCGCGUCCCCUUACAGACCUUCCACUCUUUUCCUGCUCCUGUCGAGAAUGGACAGAACGAAGAGCAAUCCGGUCGGAUUGCAGUCCUCGAUGGAUCUCCGGAUGCGUCUGAAGGAUCAAGCCCGACUGGUAACAUUGAUUCCAGUUCCAAUCACAUCAAAGAGUCCGUCGAAAAUGUCCAAGCCCACCCAGAGGUGGCCUCAAAACCCUCAGAAGCACCCCUGCAAGCCCCUCUCCCAAUCGUGCGACCAAGCCACAAACGUUUAUCCGAAGUUUUGAAGCGAAGUCAGUCGACACCGGCAGCUCUCACACAUAUUGUGUCAACCAAGCUAUCAACCACUUUUGGAAAUCCUACGGUCAUCCGUCGCUCACAUCUUCGCUCGCGGCCUAGUUUUCGGCUUCCUCAGUUUCCAGGGCCGUCACUUGUCCCUGCAUUGAACAAGCAAGGCGACAGUGCUCAGGAUAGCUCCGAUCCCCAAAGCUCGCCGGAAGACAGUGUGUCUCCGACUUGUACACGUUCCACUCCUCAGACAACUCCUCCCACGACGCCUCCCACAUCAGGAGAGCCGUCAGGAGGCUCGAAGCAAGGCAUUGUAGAUGCCGAGCAGGCGAAACAAACAAGGUCACCGUCUAGCAGCGACGAGAGUACACAUACCCAAGUGAUCGAAGGCUCACUCAGUCGGCCGCCCUCGAUAAUUACAGUGGAGGCUGCUGCCAAUGCAAAAGUCUUCUUCGAAACAUAUUUCAACUCGGUAUUUUGUGGGACGGAUCUUCGCUCGCAGCGCCAGCAUGAGCUUGAGCAGUAUAUCUAUGGCCUUCCUCUGGCUCCUGAAGAAAGGGCGAGAAUUUGGGAAACCUGGAUCAUCCAGGAACGGCAGUAUCUGCGCCAAUGUCGUGUUCUCAAAAGUCACUCUCGUUGUGGCCGACAGGACGAGACGGUAUCUCUCGCUGGAUUUGAAGCAAUCAAGGUUCUAGGAAGGGGGAGUUUUGGAGUUGUGAGGCUGGUCAGAGAACAGAAAGUGGCAGAACGGGUCAAGAAGGAUGUAUUUGCAAUGAAAGUGAUCCGGAAAUCUGCAAUGAUACGGAACAGCCAAGAAGGUCACCUCCGAGCCGAACGAGACUUUCUUGUUGCAUCGGCCAAAUCUCGAUGGAUCGUGCCAUUGAUUGCAAGCUUCCAGGAUCGUGAUCAUUUGUAUCUUAUCAUGGACUACAUGGUCGGUGGUGAUUUCCUGGGAUUGCUAAUGCGCCAGUGCAUCUUGCCCGAAGAAAUCACCCGAUGGUAUGUUGCAGAGAUGAUCCUGUGUAUCGAAGAAGCCCAUCGGCUAUGUUGGAUUCAUCGCGAUGUCAAGCCCGACAAUUUCCUCAUAUCUGCGUCCGGUCAUUUGAAAAUAUCCGACUUUGGCCUAGCCUUUGACGGACAUUGGGCUCAUGAUCAAGUAUAUUACAAUGAGCAGCGAUACUCCCUGCUCAGGAAACUCGGGAUCCAAGUGGCCGGGGAUUCUCAGGACAGAAAAGAAGCUCGCAAGCCGGCAAAGGCAUCAUUCCAUGAUUUCGGUCCUGGAACUGAGACUGACUGUACACCACCUACGAUGGGCCUGCUUGGAUGGCGUGACCGCACUCAGAAGCGGCGUUUGGCCGCAAGCGUCGUGGGAACUAACCAAUACAUGGCACCAGAGGUUGUUCGGGGUGAGCUAUAUGACGGCCGAUGUGACUGGUGGAGUAUCGGCAUCAUACUAUACGAGUGUCUCUACGGCUUCACGCCCUUUGCUUCGCACGAUCGUCAGAAGACCAAGAUGAAGAUCCAUCAUCACCAUGAGACACUCUGCUUUCCCGCCAGUAGAGCGUCGGACAAGCGGGUUUCGCCUGACGCAAUUGACCUUAUCAAUUAUCUGCUUCAAGAAAAGGAGCAUCGGCUGUCGUCAAGCAAGUACAAGAUUAAUGACUCUCUGAGCUCCCGAUUACCAUCCCGACAUUUCUUCUAUAAUAUGGAUCAUCGCAGUCGAAACUACAAGGGUUUUUACGUCUUCCCAAACGACGCAGCAGAUAUCAAGAUUCAUCCUUUCUUCCGCAACAUCAAGUGGGAUGAGAUCCAUCAGUCGGUUCCUCCAUUCAUCCCCAAAGUGAAAGGCUGGGAGGACACCAGGUACUUUGACGAUGCAGGAUACGAGGGUGACCACGAUAAUAUCUCCAUCAUGUCGGAUCCUGACCACCCCGAAGAUGACAGUGAGAUCGAAGAGCCGGUUCCAGCUAAAGCCGAAACUCCUCUGCCCCACGAUGCGAAUCGACAUCCCGCACCUGGUCCAGGUCCAGGGCCAGGAGGUAAAGCCUCUCCGCACAUGGAUCGCAAGAGGAAGGAGCGAAAACGCCCGCGGGACAAGCUUCUGCGUGACCGGCAAAUGCGGAGAACAGUGCUCGAGAUGCGCAAGAAAGGGGCAUUCUUGGGUUACACCUAUCGACGUCCCAAGUCCGUGGCCGUAGCCUUAACUCCUGAUCGGGGUCGUUACCGUCUAGGGCGAGGCCAGCUGUCGGAACUAUAUGGCUCGUAGCGUCGUUGGCUGGGUACCCUUUAUUUCAUGAACCUCGGGAAUCAAGAGCGACGAAUGUACACGAAAGGCUCAUGAUGUAUUCUUCAUUAGACAUUUUUAUGUGGCAGACAUCACUCAUCCUUAAGAAGCGAG